AUGAGCGCGAGAAUCAGCCUAAUGGGAGCGGAUGACGAAGAUCACCUGCACGGCACCGCGCCGGACCACGCCGAUGAUGGAGAGGGCGAAUACGAUGAAGAUGAAGACGAAGAGGAGAUCACGCUCUCGCAGUAUCUUGUGGAGCUUGUGUGGAAGGACAAGCGAACUCGCUACCAGUUGUGGAAUUGCGGCAAGGUCAUCGUCCUCUUCGGCGUCACGGUGUGGGCCAUGCGAAGAUUCCCGCACUUCCAAGAUCCCGAGAGGUUGGACCAGAAGGUGGUGGAGUACAUGGAUCACCAGCAGCGAAUGAUGAUGGGAGGGAUGUAA